GAGAGAGAGAUAGAAGAACGGAGGAACGGAGGAACGGUGAAUCCCAGAGACUUUUUUUCCCUGCUUCUGAGUUCGUCGGUCUACUUUCACCGGGUUAUACCCGGUAAUCCCAAGUGACCGCUAGCCUUCAUUGGGUGGUCUGACUGGCUGCCCGCUCCGUCGGGUGGAGUCGCCGCGCGAUGGAAGGCACGCCUCCCCCCACGUCCCACGGGGGCGUGGGUUCGGGUGAGGAGAGUCUGGAGAAUCCGGCCCCGGCCACUUUGGCCUUGCUCCCGGUGGACAAGUUGGUGACGCACGUGGUCAAGGUGGUGUUGGUGGUGUUCGAGGACUCGCACGAGACGGAGUUGCGGGCUUUGAUGGAGGCCCGAGCUCAUCUGGACCUCUUGAGCAAGUUCAUCGCCGAUCAUCAUUGCAAAACCCUCAUGAUUGAACGAGUGUCCAGUAAGGAGGACGAAGAUGCGGCCUCCGACAAGGAUAAGGCCACACCUAGCGCCGUGGGUUUGCCCCCGGGUCCGUUGGGCAGUGGUGGGGGCAGUCGAGCCGGAUCCCAGGGUCCGUCCGAUGAGGGUGCCAAAGAUGAUGUGGCCUAUCACAUUUCCAUUAAUGUCCAUUAUUCCCACAACAAGAUGACGAGCGUGGUGUUCGUCAAACGAGCCGCCGUGCUCGAGGCCGAAAAAUCCCUAUCCUCACAAUUGAGGCUGUUGACCUUGAGCGAAGGCUCACCGUAUGAGACCCUUCACGCCUAUGUGUCCUCGACCAUGGCGCCGUAUUUCAAGUCGUUCGUCCGGGAAUCCGGCAAAGCUGACCGCGAUGGCGACAAGAUGGCUUCGUCCAUGGAGAAGAAGAUCGCCGAGUUGGAGAUGGGUUUGUUGCAUUUGCAGCAGAAUAUCGAUAUUCCCGAGAUCACACUCUCCACGCAUCCGUCCGUGUCGCAGGUCAUCCGCUCGGCUGAGGCCCAAGGGGUCAAGCCUCAAGUAUCGGACUUAGGCGAGAAGAUUGAGGAUUCCACAUUCUUGAAUGCGCUCACGCAUUUGGUAAGCAAGUGGAUCCGCGAGAUCCAAAAAGUGACAAAGUUAGACCGGGACCCGGCCAGUGGCACCGCGCUCCAAGAAAUCAGUUUCUGGCUCAAUUUGGAGCGAGCCUUGUUAAGAAUUCAAGAGAAACGGGAAUCGCCGGAAGUGGGCCUAACUUUGGAUAUCCUGAAGCACGGGAAGCGAUUUCACGCCACCGUCUCCUUUGAUACCGAUACCGGUCUCAAGCAAGCCAUUGCUACCGUCAACGAUUACAAUCCAUUGAUGAAGGACUUCCCCAUCAAUGACUUGCUCUCGGCUACCGAGAUUGAUCGCGUGCGUGGCGCAGUCCAAAGUAUUUUCACCCAUUUGAGGAAGAUCCGAAACACCAAGUAUCCCAUUCAACGCGCCUUGAGAUUGGUGGAGGCCAUUUCACGAGAUCUCGUCUCGCAACUCCUAAAGGUUCUAAACACCCGACGACUUAUGUACAUUUCUUUCGAGGAGUUUGAAAAAGUCAUGGGGCAAUGUGCCGAUGUGUUCACCACCUGGGACGAUGAGUAUGACAAGCUCCAGGGUCUCAUGCGAGACAUCGUCAAGCGUAAGCGCGACGAGCAUCUCAAGAUGGUCUGGCGAGUGAACUUUGCCCACAAGAAGCUUCAAGCCCGGAUCGAACAAAUGAGGAAGUUCCGUCGUCAACAUGAACAACUCCGAACCGUGAUUGUCCGUGUGUUGCGUCCCGGGGCUGUUUCCUUCAAGAUUGCCAAUGACAAAGCCGAUGACGCCCCUGUGGACGUGUCUGACGUGAACUCCAUUGAAGAAGUCAACUUGGCUUACGACAAUGUCAAAGAAGUGGAUGGUCUGGACAUUUCCAAAGAAGGCACCGAAUCGUGGGAGGAAGCCAUGAAGCGCUAUGAUGAUCGCAUUGAUCGUGUCGAAACUCGGAUCACCUCUCGCUUGCGCGAUCAAUUGGGAACCGCCAAGAACGCCAAUGAGAUGUUCCGCAUCUUCUCCCGAUUUAACGCUCUGUUCGUGCGUCCACACAUCCGCGGAGCCAUUCGUGAGUAUCAAACUCAGUUGAUCCAAAGAGUCAAGGAUGAUAUCGAGACUCUACAUGCAAAGUUCAAGAUUCAGUAUCCUCAAAGCAAGAGUUAUCGCAUGUCCGGCGUUCGGGAUUUGCCGCCUGUGGCCGGAUCGAUUGUUUGGGCCAAGCAGAUUGACCGGCAAUUGAGCGCCUACAUGCGAAGAGUGGAGGAUGUUUUAGGCAAAGGAUGGGAGAAUCACGUCGAGGGGCAGAAGUUAAAGGCCGAUGGAGAUAGCUUUCGCAUGAAACUCAACACGCAAGAGAUCUUCGAUGAAUGGGCUCGCAAAGUCCAACAGAGAAACUUGGGAGUAUCGGGUAGAAUCUUCACUGUAGACAAUGUGCGAAAUCGCACGGGGCGAGGAAGUUCCUUGCGUUUGAGGGUCAACUUUUUGCCGGAAAUCAUUCAACUCUCCAAAGAAGUCCGAAAUUUGAAGAACUUGGGAUUCCGAGUGCCCUUGGCCAUUGUCAACAAGGCUCAUCAAGCCAAUCAGCUCUACCCCUUUGCCAUUUCUCUCAUUGAGAGUGUGCGCACCUACGAGAGAAGCUUGGAAAAGAUGGAUCUCCGCCCCAAUAUUGUGCUUCUGGUGGCAGGCAUGAGAAAAGAAGUCCAGAACUUAAUUGCUGAAGGCAUUGGUCUCGUCUGGGAGUCGUACAAGCUCGAUCCCUACGUGCAGAAAUUGGCCGAGGUGAUUGUGUGUUUCCAGGAAAAGGUGGACGAUUUACUGCUGAUCGAAGAGGAAAUUGAAGUGGAUGUCCGUUCAUUGGAAACCUGCAACUACUCGACGAGUACAUUCACCACCAUCAUUGGCAAAAUCCAAAAAGCCGUGGAUGACUUGAGCUUGCAUCAGUAUUCCAAUUUGCACGCAUGGGUGGACAAACUGGAUGAGGAAGUGGAGAAGAAGUUGGCUGUUCGACUUCAAGCUGGAAUCGAGGAAUGGACCGCCGCCAUGGAUCCCAACCCUGACCAAGAAGAUGAGUCCAUGGACACGGAUUCCCCCAAUCAUGCCUCUCACAAGAUCGGAGGCAAUCCAAACAUCAAGACGCAAAUCCAUGAGAUCAGGAUCACCAAUCAGAUCAUGUAUCUGCACCCAUCCAUCGAAGAUUGCCGAUACAAUCUGUUGCAGCAGUUCUUCCAAUGGCAAGCGGUAAUCACGAGUUUGCCUAGAAUCGAAUCCACUCGCUAUCAAGUGGGUUUAGAUAGACCCAUUGCCCGAACCUUCAAAGAGGUUCUGACCAAAUUUCCCGCUGGUCAAGCAGUUCUGGAGAAAGCCUAUUCCGGAAUUGAGACCACAAUCGACACAGUCAAGGCAUACGUGGAUGAAUGGUUGCGUUACCAGUCGCUGUGGGAUCUUCAACCCGACAGUUUGGUCCAGAAGUUCAAGGAGAACGUGGAUGAGUGGAUGAGACUUUUAGCGGAUAUCAAACGGGCUAGAUCCACCUUUGACACGAGCGACACGAGAAAAGACUUUGGCCCCGUGAUCAUCGAUUACGGCAAAGUCCAAAGCAAAGUGUCGCUGAAGUAUGACUCAUGGCACAAGGAUGCCUUGACCAAAUUUGGAGGCAUGCUUGGACAAGAAAUGACCCAAUUCCACGCCCAGAUAUCCAAAGCGCGAUCUGAUUUAGAGAUGCAGACCAUCGAUGCCGCCGCCACUGGCGAUGCCGUCAAUUUCAUCACCGAUGUCCAGUCUCUCAAGAGAAAGAUGAAGGUUUGGGACAAGCAAGUGGGUACCUUCAAGGAUGGACAACGGAUCUUGGAACGCCAGAGGUUCCAGUUUCCAACGUCUUGGCUUCAUGUGGAUAAUAUCGAGGGUGAAUGGAGCGCGUUCAACGAAAUACUUCGUCGCAAGAACCAAUCUAUCCAGAGUCAAGUGGCUAGCCUACAGAUGAAGAUUGUGGCCGAAGACAAGCAGAUCGAGACGAGGUCAAUGGACUACGUGACGGAUUGGGACAAGAACAAGCCAGUCCAGGGCAGCGUUAAGCCUAGCGAUGCUCUACAGAAGAUCCAAGUGUUCGAAUCUCGAUACACAAGACUCAAGGAGGAACGCGACAACAUUAGCAAGGCCAAAGAAGCAUUGGAGUUGGAUAGUGCCAAAGCCCCCGGGGACGUGGACGAAAAACUUGGCAUUGGAUGGGAGGAACUCAUGGACCUCAAGGGAGUUUGGACCGAGUUGUCAUCCGUGUGGAAGACGAUCGACGAGCUCAAGGAGACCCCGUGGCUCUCGGUUCAGCCCAGAAAGCUCAGGCAACAAUUGGACGCUCUUUUGACUCAAUUGCGAGACAUGCCUGCACGUUUACGACAGUAUUCCGGGUACGAGUACGUGAGGAAGCAACUCCAGACCUAUGCCAAGGUGAACUUGCUCAUCACUGAGCUUAAAUCCGACGCUCUCAAGGAGCGCCAUUGGAAGACUCUCUGCAAGGAGAUGAAGGUCGCUUGGAUACCCUCUGACCUGGCCCUUGGGCAAGUGUGGGACGUUGAUCUGAUCAAAAACGAGGCCAUCAUCAAAGACAUCAUGUCAGUGGCCCAGGGCGAAAUGGCCCUUGAAGAGUUCUUAAAGCAGGUAAAGGAAACCUGGCAAUUCUACGAACUCGAAUUGGUCAACUACCAGAACAAAUGCAAGCUCAUCAAAGGCUGGGACGAGUUGUUUAGCAAGUUGAAGGAGAACAUGAGCCAAAUCACCGCCAUGAAGCUCUCACCCUACUACAAGGUGUUCGAAGAGGAGACUCUAACUUGGGAAGAGAAACUCAACCGCAUUCUCAACUUGUUUGACGUUUGGAUCGAUGUCCAAAGACGAUGGGUCUACUUGGAAGGAAUCUUUUCGGGCAACGCCGACAUUGCCAGUCUUCUCCCGAUUGAAACCUCCCGAUUUGGUAGCAUCAGCACCGAGUUCCUGAACCUGAUGAAAAAAGUGGCCAAGAUCCAUGUGGUAAUCGACAUCCUCAACAUUCAAGGUAUCCAAAGAUCGUUGGAGAGACUGGCCGAGCUGUUAUCUAAAGUGCAGAAGGCCCUUGGAGAGUACUUGGAGCGUGAGAGAGCCUCCUUCCCUCGGUUCUACUUUGUCGGUGAUGAGGAUCUUCUCGAAAUCAUUGGCAACUCCAACAACAUGGCCCGUUUGCAGAAGCAUUUCAAAAAGAUGUUCGCCGGAGUUCAUGCCCUUCUCAUUUCCGAGGAUGAACUCCAAAUAUUGGGCAUUGCUUCCAAAGAAGGUGAAGAAGUCCGAUUUGUGAACCCUAUCGUGAUCGCCCAAUUCUCACGGAUCAACGAGUGGCUCUUGGAAGUGGAAAAACGUAUGCGGGAGUCUUUGGCAUUUUACCUUCAAGAUGCCGUGUCCAAAAUGGAUUGCCUUGACGAACCUUGGACCGCAGAGAAGCUGAUUGCCUGGUGUGACGAGAAUUGCGCCCAAGUGGUCGUCUUGAGCGUCCAAGUUCAUUGGACGACUAUCAUCGAGAAAGGUUUGGCUUCCAACUUGGACCGGAUCAAAGACGUUCUCAAAGGCAUCGAUCAAAUGCUGUCUCUUCUGUCCACAUUGGUACUGGAGGAUCAACCGGCCAUCAGACGGAAGAAGUUGGAGCAUCUCAUUUACGAGUUUGUCCAUCGUCGUUCUCUGACUCGGAGCUUAAUCAACUCCAAGGUGGACUCGAACAAGUCCUACGAUUGGCUCUCACAGAUGAGGUUCUACCACAAUCCUCAGGCUGCCACCACCCACGCUCAGUUGUCCAUUCACAUGGCCAAUGCCCAAUUCGAGUAUGGAUUUGAGUAUCUUGGCGUGCAAGAUCGCCUGGUCAUGACUCCUUUGACUGAUAGGUGUUAUCUGACCAUGACUCAGGCCCUAUCGUCGAGCAUGGGUGGCUCACCAUUUGGUCCCGCAGGAACCGGUAAAACCGAGACCGUUAAGGCCUUGGGCAAUCAGCUUGGUCGAUUUGUUCUGGUGUUCAAUUGCGAUGAGACGUUCGAUUUCCAAGCCAUGGGUCGUAUUUUCGUGGGGCUUUGCCAGGUGGGUGCUUGGGGUUGCUUUGACGAGUUCAAUCGUCUUGAGGAGCGCAUGCUCUCGGCUGUCUCGCAACAAAUUCUCUCCAUUCAAGAGUGUCUGAAAGGAAUGAGCAGCAAUAGCGAUUACAACAUGAGCAUCGACAUCAUCGGGAAGAGGGUCAAGGUCAAUCCGGAUAUGGCCAUCUUCAUCACCAUGAAUCCCGGCUACGCUGGUCGCUCGAAUUUGCCUGACAAUCUCAAGAAGCUGUUCAGAAGUAUGGCCAUGACCAAGCCUGACAUCACAAUGAUUGCCGAAGUCAUGCUCUUUGCUCAGGGCUUCAACAACGCUGAGAAGCUCUCCCAAAAGAUCGUCCCAUUAUUCAAGCUCUGCUCCGAUCAGCUCUCCCCUCAAAGCCACUACGACUUUGGUCUCCGAGCCAUGAAAUCGGUACUUGUGAGUGCCGGAAACAUCAAGCGUGCUCAAUUGGCAGUCUCCGAGUCUCAGAUUAGCGAUGUCCAUGAACAGAAGAUUCUCGUUCAGUCCGUGAGCGAGACGAUGGUACCCAAAUUGAUCGCCAACGACAUCCCAUUGCUGCAAUCGCUGAUGAACGAUGUGUUUCCAAGCAUCAUCUACACCCCUCAAGCCCAAGGUACUCUCCGGACUGCGAUUUUGGAAGUUUGCAAAGAGCUACAUCUCUGUUGUGGAGGAGGCUCCGACGAUAUGGGUGAGAAAGGCGAGGAUUGGAUGGACAAGGUCCUUCAACUCUACCAGAUCUCCGAGCUACACCACGGUUUGAUGAUGGUAGGUCCAUCAGGAGCUGGCAAAUCUAUGGCCUGGAAAGUGCUCUUGAAAGCUCUGGAGAAGUUUGAUGGCAAAGAAGGCGUUUCGCACGUCAUCAAUCCCAAAGCUAUUUCCAAAGAGGACCUCUACGGUGUUUUGGAUCCAACCACGCGAGAAUGGAGAGAUGGUCUCUUCACCCAUGUUCUCCGUCGGAUCAUUGACAAUGUUCGAGGAGAACUUUUCAAGCGUCAAUGGAUCGUCUUUGACGGCGAUGUGGAUCCCGAAUGGGUGGAGAAUCUGAACUCGGUCUUGGACGAUAACCGUUUGCUGACCCUACCCAAUGGGGAACGUCUGUCCAUACCCAACAACGUGAGAAUCAUGUUCGAGGUCAAGGAUCUGAAAUUUGCCACCCUAGCCACAGUCUCCCGAUGUGGGAUGGUUUGGUUCUCCGAGGACGUAGUGACACCCGAUAUGAUGAUGGCACAUUACUUGGAGAAGAUUAGAAACAUUAGCUUGGACGAUACUGACGAUGAUAUGCUCUCUCUUGGCAAGAAGGCGUCCCACACAUCAUUAGAGGUUCAAGGGCAAAUUGCCAGUAUUCUGAGUGCGUCAUUUGAUUCGAAUGGGUUAGUGAUGAAGUGCUUGGAGUAUGCCGCCAGUUUGGACCACAUCAUGGAGUUCACGAAGCAGCGUGCCCUCGAGUCCUUGUUCUCGAUGAUCAAUCAAUCCAUCCGCAAUGUCCUCACGUACAAUCAAACCCACAAUGAUUUCCCAUUGAAUAGUGAUCAAUUGGAAAAAUACAUCCCCAAGAGUCUGGCCUACUCGAUCGUGUGGAGCUUCUCAGGUGACUCCAAGUUCAAAUGCCGAGAAAGCAUGAGCGAAUUCAUCCGGUCCGUGACUACGAUUCCAUUGCCCGCCACCUCAGGCAGCAACAUCCUCGAUUAUGAGGUUACAGUCCAAGGCGAUUGGGUCCCAUGGGUUUCCAAGGUACCUCAAGUGGAAAUCGAAACCCACAAAGUAGGGUCCCCCGAUGUGGUCAUUCCCACUAUUGACACAGUCCGACACGAAUCAUUGCUCUACACCUGGCUGGCUGACCAUAAACCAAUGGUGCUCUGUGGACCCCCGGGGUCCGGCAAGACGAUGACUUUAUUCUCAGCCUUGAGGAGUUUGCCCGAUAUGGAAGUUGUGGGCUUGAACUUUUCGUCUGCCACAACUCCAGAAUUGCUCAUGAAGACAUUCGACCACUAUUGCGAAUACAAAAAGACUCCCAAGGGCCUUGUCCUAGCACCCAACCAAAUUGGCAAGUGGCUGGUGAUGUUCUGUGACGAGAUCAAUUUACCCGAUGAAGAUGGCUACGGGACGCAGAAGGUGAUCUCUUUCCUCCGACAAUUGGUCGAAUACAACGGGUUCUACCGCAAGUCCGACCAUGCUUGGGUCAGUUUGGAGCGAGUUCAAUUCGUUGGUGCUUGCAAUCCUCCCACCGAUCCUGGUCGAAAGCCUCUUGGAACGCGAUUUUUACGGCACAUUCCGGUCAUUUACGUGGACUACCCAGGCCAAUUGUCCUUGCAGCAAAUUUAUGGCACAUUCACCAGGGCCAUGUUGCGACUGAUCCCUCCUCUGAGGAGCUAUGCUGAACCCUUGACCAACGCCAUGGUCGAUUUCUUCUUGCUUACCCAGGAGAACUUCACCCAAGAGAUGCAACCUCACUACGUCUAUUCACCCCGAGAGCUCACUCGAUGGGUUCGAGGCAUGUGCGAGGCCCUUCGACCCUUAGAUGCCUUGAGUUUGGAAGGUAUGGUCCGCAUCUGGACUCAUGAGGCCCUAAGGUUGUUCCAUGAUCGUCUUGUGGAUGAAUCUGAACGCGUCUGGACCAAUGAAAACAUUGAUGCCACGGCCCUCAAGCACUUCCCCAACAUCAACAAGGAAGAAGCUCUAAACAGGCCCAUUCUCUAUUCCAACUGGACCACCAAAGACUACGUUCCAAUUGAGCAAGAAGAAUUGCGACAAUAUGUUCAUGCUCGUCUAAGAGUGUUCCACGAAGAGGAAUUGGAUGUCCCCCUGGUUCUGUUUGACGACGUUCUAGACCACAUUCUUCGAAUUGAUCGGAUCUUCCGGCAACCGCAAGGCCAUCUCCUUUUGAUAGGAGUAUCUGGCUCGGGAAAGACCACGCUCUCGCGCUUCGUGGCUUGGAUGAACGGUAUGCGCGUGUUCCAGAUCAAGGUUCACAACAAGUACAAUAGCAACGACUUCGACGAUGACCUCCGACACGUGCUCCGACGGGCUGGUUGCAAGAAUGAGAAGAUUGCCUUUAUCUUGGACGAGUCCAACGUGAUGGAGUCGAGCUUUUUGGAGCGGAUGAAUACCCUUUUGGCCAACGGAGAGGUGCCUGGUUUGUUUGAAGGCGAUGAGUACGCCACUCUCAUGACUCAGUGCAAGGAAGGGGCCCAAAAGGACGGGCUAAUGUUGGACUCCUCCGAGGAACUAUAUCGAUGGUUUACCAAUCAAGUCAUGAAGAAUCUUCAUGUGGUGUUCACCAUGAACCCGAGUGAAGGUGGCUUGAAGGAUCGGGCCGCUACUUCCCCGGCCUUGUUCAACCGAUGCGUCCUCAAUUGGUUCGGCGAUUGGUCGGAAAUGGCCCUUUUCCAAGUGGGCAAGGAGCUCACUAUCAAGAUGGACUUGGACAAACCGGAUUGGACAGAUCCAGGACGAAAUGUAACCGUGAGCAUGGACGUCAUGAACGCCAAUGACCAUCGGUGUGCUGUCAUCAAUUCUAUGGUGUUUGUUCACAAAACUUUGCAACAAGUGAACAAAAAGGCGCUGAUCAAAGGGCAGAAAAUCAUGUCCAUCACUCCGCGACAUUUCUUGGAUUUCAUUCACCAAUUUGUGACUCUGUAUCGUGAAAAACGAGCCAAUCUGGAAGAAGAGCAACUUCACUUGAACGUUGGUCUAAACAAGAUCGCCGAGACCGUGCAACAAGUUGAGGAGAUGCAAAAGUCUUUGGCCGUGAAGUCUGCGGAACUGGAGAAGAAGAACACGGCUGCUAAUGCGAAACUGAAGCAAAUGGUCAUGGAUCAACAGGAGGCCGAAAAGCAGAAGAGCGUCUCGCAGAAUCUUCAAAAACUAUUGGAGACUCAAAAACUCGAGAUAGCUCAAAAGCGCACAGAGGUCAUGUCUGAACUCGAGCAAGUCGAGCCUGCUGUCCAAGAUGCUCAACAAGCGGUGAAAGGAAUCCGAAAGCAGCAACUCGUCGAGGUUCGUUCCAUGUCCAAUCCUCCUAUGAUUGUCAAACUGGCCUUGGAGUCGGUAUGCUUAUUGUUGGGAGAAAGCGCCCAAGAUUGGAAGCAAAUUCGAGGUGUGACGAUGAAGGACAACUUCAUUCCCACGAUUGUCAACUUCGACACGGACUCGAUCACGGACGAUGUGCGAGAAAAGAUGAAGAACAAGUUCCUCUCCAAUCCCGAUUACAACUUUGAGAAAGUGAACCGAGCUUCCCAGGCUUGUGGGCCCUUGGUCAAAUGGGCUACCGCUCAGCUUCAAUAUGCCGAGAUGUUGAAGAAGGUCGAUCCCUUGAGGAACGAAUUGGCGAGCUUAGAGAAGGCCUCGCACCAGAAGCAAGAGGAAGCUGAUAAGCUCGUGGAUGUCAUCAACAAAUUGGAACACUCCAUCAAUAGCUAUAAGGAGGAGUAUGCUCAACUCAUCUCGCAAGCAGAAGCCAUUAAGAGCGAUUUGAAGCAGGUCCAAGACAAAGUGGAUCGCUCCAUGUCACUUUUGAAGUCCCUUGGGAUCGAGAAGGAGCGUUGGCAAGAGACGAGUGAGAACUUCAAGUACCAAAUGGCCACCAUCAUCGGAGAUGUGUUCGUCUGUGCUGCUUUUCUGGCCUACGGAGGCUACUACGAUCAGCACACGCGAAGGUCAUUACUGAGCACGUGGAAGAAAUACCUGGAGAACUUUGAUAUCGCGCUGCGAGGGGAUAUGGCACUGACUGAAUUCCUCUCAGAUCCGGAUGAGCGUGCUCGUUGGAAGAGCCACUCACUACCGUCUGAUGAUCUAUGUCUGGAGAACGCUGUGAUGCUGAAGCGCUACAAUCGAUAUCCCUUAAUCAUUGAUCCAUCUGGCCAAGCCACAGCGUUUAUAAUGGAAGAAUAUGCCGACAGGAAAAUCACCAAGACCAGUUUCUUGGACGAUUCGUUCCGCAAGAACUUGGAGUCGGCCCUUAGAUUUGGCAAUCCCUUACUCGUCCAAGAUGUGGAAAACUACGAUCCCAUUCUCAAUCCCGUUCUCAAUAGAGAGCUCCGCCGCACGGGUGGGCGUGUUCUUAUGACUUUGGCCGAUCAAGACAUUGAUAUCUCGCCCACAUUCACCAUCUUCCUGGCCACUCGCGAUCCCACUGUGGAAUUUGCGCCGGAUAUUUGCUCCCGAGUCACCAUGGUCAAUUUCACCGUGACUCGUUCCUCGUUGCAAAUGCAGUGCUUGAACCAGGUCCUGAAGAGUGAACGGCCCGACAUCGAUCAGAAGAGAUCGGAUCUGCUCAAAAUCCAAGGUGAAUUUCAAUUGCGACUGAGACAUUUGGAGAAAGAUUUAUUGCAAUGCCUCAAUGAGGCCAAAGGUAGGAUCCUCGACGACAACACCAUCAUCUCCACUUUGGAGACCCUGAAGCAAGAGGCCGCUGAGGUUGGUCGGAAAGUGAACGAAACUGAGACGGUCAUGGCGGAGAUCGAGAGCACCAGCCAGAUGUACACGCCCUUGUCGAAUGCCUGUAGCAGCAUCUAUUUCAUGAUGGACAAUCUCCACCAGAUCCAUUUCAUAUACCAAUUCAGUCUCCAGUUCUUUCUGGACAUCUUAGUCAACGUACUCAAGUCAUUGGAUAGCAACGUGAAAAACCAUACCGAGCGUGUGGAUAUCCUGACUUCGGGCUUAUUCUCCAAGUGCUACGUGUCCAUUUCCCGAGGCAUGCUUCACAAGGACAAGAUCCUGUUGGCCUUUGUCUUGAGUCGGGUGUUUGUCCGAGGAUUCAAGAGCGAGAACGAGAACAUUGAUGAGGAGAUUCGGUUCAUGCUGCAAAUCAAGGACAUGGGUAUUGACGGCGGAUCCGAUUCCGAGGGCAAGGCCCGGAUUCUUCGAGACAAGUACCGAAACUCGUUGAAUUUUGACGACAACUCGUCUGAGUUCAAGCAAUGGCUUGCCUCGCCCAACCCCGAGGAUUGCGUGCCAGAUGAAUGGAUCGGAUCCGAGGCUGAGAAUAAGAAAGAGAUCGUGGAAGUGAUCCUGACUCUGACUUACCGCCCGGAUCGCUUGUCAGCAUCGGUUCAGAAAUUCGUCAAGUCCACCAUGGGGAGCAGCUUCAACAUCCCGGAAUUGGAUGCGAGCACCUUCCACCAAACGGUCGAGACCGAUGUCAAGUCCACCACUCCCAUUCUGAUGUGCUCCGUUCCCGGAUACGAUGCUUCGGAUCGUGUGGCGGAUAUGGCCUUGCAGGUGGGCAAGGAAGUGUCGAGCAUCGCUUUGGGAUCGGAGGAGGGCUUCUCCUUGGCUGAGAAGAGUAUCAACUCGUCGAGCAAAUCAGGGAAAUGGGUUUUGCUGAAAAACGUCCACCUGGCACCACAAUGGUUGAUCACAUUGGAGAAGAAAUUGCAUUCCAUUCAAGCUCAUCCGGACUUCCGUCUGUUCCUCACGUGUGAGAUCAGCAAAAAGAUCCCAGUCAAUCUUCUGCGUGCAGGACGAAUCUUUACCUUUGAGCCUCCUCCAGGCAUCAAAGCCAAUCUCAUCCGAACGUUCUCGCUGAUUUCACCGCAAAGAAUGGUGAGACCGCCCAACGAGCGAGCACGCCUCUAUUUCCUCUUGGCCUGGUUCCACGCCAUCGCGCAGGAGAGACUCCGAUACGUCCCCUUGGGAUGGUCCAAGCACUACGAGUUCAAUGAGUCGGAUCUCAAGAGUGCGUGUGACAUGCUGGACAAUUGGGUGGAUAUCAUCUCCCAAGGUCGAACCAAUUUGCCCCCGGAACGUGUUCCAUGGAAGGCCAUCCAAUCGCUUCUCUCGGAUGUGAUCUACGGAGGCAAGAUCGACAAUGACUUUGAUAGACGCCUACUGGAUUCCUUUGUAUCGAAAUUGUUCCAAGCCAAGACCUUCGAUUUCGACCACAAGUUGCUGAAAACUGAGGAUCUGACCCUGACCAUGCCCGAGGAUAUUCGUCGUGAGCAUUUCAUCAAAUGGAUUGAGACUCAGUUGCCCGAGAAGCAAGCCCCCACAUGGCUGGGCCUGCCUGCUAAUGCGGAAAAGGUGAUGCUCAUCAAAUUCGGUCAAGAGCUCUUGAACAACUUGGAGAGAAUGAAUCAAAUCGACUUGGAAGAAGAUGACGACCAAUUGGCCUUCAGCGAUGAUCAACCCAAGAAAUCCGAAGAAACGUCCGUUUCGUUUGGCCCCGCCUGGUUCCGAUUGUUGUCCCAGAGUCUUCAAAAAUGGUUGACCAUGGUCCCGGUCAGUUUGCCGGAGAUUCAAAGAUCCGCCGAGACCGUUCGCGAUCCCUUGUUCCGAUACAUCGAUCGAGAAAUCUACGUGGGCAAGAAAGUUCUUAACAUCGUGCUCACCGACCUGAACUACUUGAACGACAUUGGACGUGGCGAACGGAAGCAAACCAACCACUACCAGAAUUUGGGUCUCGAACUGGUCCGUGGCAUCGUGCCCAACUCAUGGCGUCGCUAUCGCUACCCACCCUUCAUGACCGUGUCCCAAUGGAUCCAGAAUCUUGUCUUCCGGCUCAAGCAGUUGGAGACCAUCAUCAACAAGAACAACGCCAGUGGAGCCAUCGGUCUACGUGAUUACACCUACUGGCUUGGCGGCCUCUUCAACCCCGAGGCCUUCAUCACGGCCACGCGACAAUGCGUGGCUCAGGAGAAUGGAUGGUCUUUGGAGGAUCUGAACUUGAGCAUCACCAUCCUGGAUGAGGACCACGACUGGCCCAAGGGAGGAGAUUCUUUCUUCAAGAUCGAGCGAGCUCGCCUGAUCGGAGCCACUUCCGUAAAGAAUGUGCUCAAGAUCAGCGAUGUGGUCUUCACGGAAAUCCCGCGAUUGGCCGUGCGGUGGAUCAAGAAGGGCUCCGUUGAAAGUGGCGAGAAGAGCGCGGCCAACUUUGCCGUGCCUUUCUACUUGAACUCCACACGGAAUUACCUGCUGUGUCGUGCGGACUUCGCUUUGGACCCAGACACGGAUGAACAGUUCAUCGAGAGGGGCAUUGCCUUCGUUGCUGAUAUCUAGACUUGUAUAUGAAUUUCACGUUUUAUUCUAAUACAGUAAUUCCUCAAUUUA